AUGACUUCCUUGUUCGAGUCCCUGACCCCCAAGCUCGCCAAUGUCAUCGAAACUGCCACUCAAGAUCAAGGGCCACUCACACCUCAGAGCAAACAAGCUCUGGUCAGAUCAACGAAGGAUUUCAAAGACAGCUUGCGCGAAGCGAAUGAAUUCGCCUCGACCCUACCUGGCGGAGAGUUGUCUAUAGAGGAGCAGGAUGAGAUCAUUGGGAUGCUGGAGAAAUUGAAAGAUCGCAAAAGGCGACAACUUGCUGAGUUUGCGGACAAGCUCGGUUCAAUAUCCUCUUCCGAUGAUCCAGCGGAUCUCAGGAUGGAGGUAGAUUCUACCGCCUCGACCCCUGCUUGA